AUGGCACAGCACACUAACCAGGAUAAUGACUGGGGCAUUAUUCACGUCAGAAAGCUCGAACUAAUGCUUGAUAGGCUGCACCUUGAAGGAGUUAGCUUCAAUGGUCCUCACGAAGUUUUAGAUCCUAUGGAUAUCGAUGCGGGCCCCGAUGUAGACAUAGAACAACAGACAGGGUCUGCAAGCAUCGUAUCCGAUUCCGAGCCCAUGGAAAUGGACCAAGAAAGUGACACUUGCACAGACGGUACAAUCUCAAGACGUCUCGGCUGCAAUGCCUUAGCUUUUCGUCGCAGGUACGAUGACCAGAAGAGCAAUAAGUCUUUUUCGUCGCAUGUAAAACGACGGCCAAUCCACCGUGUAGAGAGUCAGUCCAAGGGGAAGGUCGUUUAUAAAGAAAGGCUAGCACGGGUAACACCCAUCAGCAAGAGGCUCGUCGGAUACGAUCCGAUCAGAACAUUCGCCGAAAAUUGUGAGAAGACUCUGUCUGAUUGGGUAAUAUUGCUACGCAAAACCACUUUACCUAAUGGUAUCGUGAGCGAAGAUCCUCGGAUUAUAUCUGCAUUCAAGGCUGUAGACAGUGUCAUCUGUGGGCAGGGCACCAAUAUGCUACGGCGUCUUGCUAACGUUCAAUUGAUGCGGCUCUUCAGGCUCCUCGAAGAUAUUAUCAAGUCUGAUAGAGACAACGGACAUGUCCACCGCGAGCCCUACUAUCGUGACGCCAAUGUCGCUAUGGAUAUAUAUAUGAGCUCCCAGGAGACGCAAUCAAAUAUGAAAGAGCUGAGACUUAAAUUAAAACAAGGUCGUAAGCGAUUUAGCAAAAGAUGGAGUGACUUAGCGGCCCCAUCACCACUGUUUGUCUUGAUAUAUUCUGAUGCGGCAGAGGCGAUUGUCAAGGACUUCAAAAGAGUAGACAAUGCGACCCUACAUAUGGUGGCCACAAGUAUCUUGAGCAUCUGUCCUAGCCAACUGGUAAGCAUUUGUGCUCAUCUCGCAGAAGCAUCUGAAGCCGCAGCUAGAUCAAACAAUUUCAUUGGUAUGCUUCCAUUUACAGCAGCGAACAUCAGGCAAAUCCUAACUGCUUGA